CCGCACCAGAGGUUGCCAUGUAUCCCAGGAUUAAAAACCUCGCCUUUUACGCCUUUUCCAUCAUGCUGCUGGCGUGGGUUUUCUAUGUGAAGAAAGAGGCGAAGUUGGCAACGUCAUCAACGGACCAGAAGGCGGAUGUAGGGAAUGGCAAACCGAAGACUUUGAUUCUGGACAAUGCUGAAACAGGCAAGUGUUUGCCAAACUUGACCCUUGCCAAUUCGUCUCUCACCUUCCCGGAGCUUCACCGCGUCUUCUUAACAUACAAGCACUGCCGGAACUUCUCGGCCCUGCUGAAGCCUUCUGGGUGUAGCAAAGAGACGUUCCUCUUGCUGGCGAUCAAGUCUUCCCCAAUCAACAUAGACCGGCGGGUGGCAAUCAGGAACACCUGGGGGAAGGAGGUCUCCAUCAGUGGCAAGCGCAUCAGACUCGUAUUCCUUCUAGGGCGCUCCGAGGCCAAAAACCAGGUACAGCCCCUGCACCAGCUGCUGGCUUACGAGAGCCAGGAGUUUGAUGACAUCUUGCAGUGGGAUUUUGUUGACAACUUCUUCAACUUGACCCUCAAGGAGCUGCAUUUCCUCCGCUGGUUCAUGGAGGACUGCCUGCACGCCAGGUUUGUGCUGAAGGGUGAUGACGAUGUCUUUGUCAACACUUACAACAUUGUUGAGUUCCUCCAAGAACUGGACCCUGAGCAGGAUCUCUUUGUUGGGGAUGUGAUCGCCAACGCCCGGCCCAUCAGGAACACCAAGGUCAAAUACUUUAUUCCAGAGUCCAUGUACAGAGCCCCCUUCUAUCCUCUCUACGCAGGUGGAGGGGGCUAUGUGAUGUCUAGAGAGACGGUGCGCCACCUCCGGAGCACCGCAGAGGACACGGAGCUUUUCCCGAUUGAUGAUGUCUUUGUGGGAAUGUGUCUGGCAAAGAUGGCAGUGACCCCAAAGAACCACGCCGGCUUUAAGACUUUCGGGAUCCAGAGACCUUUCAAUCCUUUUGAUCCGUGCUUGUACAAAGAGCUGAUGAUUGUGCACAAACUAAACCCAACUGAGAUGUGGAUCAUGUGGACCCUGGUAAAGGAUGACAGCAUUAGGUGUGCGAUGUCGGUAACGCACAACUACAGAAGGAGUUGGAAGAGAAGCUACUGAUGAGCCCAGCGGGAUCGUGGCUGGUAACAUUUACAGGGUCCUUAAACUAAAAACUGGGUUGUGGUAGAAACGUGUCCUCUACUAAUGGACUGUACUUGAGCCAUAGGGGUUUGUUUUGCAGUAAGUCUUUUUCUGUCAGUGGGUUACUGAAGUCAUUGGAUUGUGACAGGGUGGGGAUGGGACACGGCACAGGGGACUCGGCUCGGUUCCUCCCAGCCAGACUGGAGCUGGGGGAGGUCACAGCUGCCCCAGGGACGUGAGCGAGGUGCCACCUUCUAUGGAGGCUUCACAGUGCCGAGGCUGGUGUCUGACCACCAGCUGAAUUCAGGCUUGUGUAGAAAAGCUAAUGAUGACUGGUGGGUGACGGAGCACUUGAAAUUACUUGGAGGGGUGGAAGAAAGGCCAGUGUGUGCUGCUGGGUCCACCGCAGCGCAGCUCCACUCUCCCAGACCAGCGAUCCUUCGGGUCCUACCAGAAAGCAGGAGGAAAGGAGUGGUGUGGGGGGGAAAAAAAAAAAAAGCAAAAAUGUAUUGCCUUAACACAGUACGAUGAUCCAAGGGACUGGACUCUGACUUGUACCCUUUGGAUUUUACAGAUGUUUAUUACAGGUCUACUUGCACUGGAAGCUUUUGCACAAACACUUUGUGACUGGGUCUGAGAGGAGCAAUAUGUCUGGAAUAAUCACGGUGGUUGUUAUUGUGGCUGUGGCAUUUCAUGUUGUGUGGGAGGUGUUUGGGUUUGUCGUUGUAGCG